AUGAAUCAUUCAAACUCAACAACUGGUUACAGAUCCUCAAGGCCCACGUUAUGUCGUUAUUACAAUACAAAUGGAUAUUGUUUCUACGGCGAUCAGUGCCAGUUUGUUCAUGCGAGGCCUUCUUCCAACGAAGGUCGAAUGGGUACGUAUAAUUUACAAACAACGGUCGAGGGAUAUUCGUUUUUGAUCUUUGCAUAUUUUAUAGGUGAUUUUAAUGUAGAUAGAUAUAUUUUUAGUUAUUUAGCAAGGUUAGAAGAUGGAAUCGUGAAGUAUCUUUGGCAAAUUUUGCAGGCACAAUUCUGAACAACAAACAAUGUUGAGGUCUGUUUAGAAGAUUCAAAAUAAAAUGGAAUUGACUACCAAAGUCUAUUAAAAAAAUUCAAAUUUUAACUAAUAAAACUUUGGGUAUAGGAAAGCUUAGGGAAAAAAACACGAAUUCUAAAUCAGUGCGAUAGGUAAAUAGAGAUGUCACAAUUUUUCAGUAAUUUCGCUAUUACUAUGUAGCGUUGUACUGCAAUGAGGUCUGUCUAAAUGAAGAAGCAGAUGUCCCAAGGCAAUGAACUGUGUUUCAAGAACAGGAAGAAACUCGAUCAUAACUUCAUAGAAUUGUUGUGGUGAAUGAUUUACAACUUUUUUAUGUCAUGGAACCAUAGUAGCUAAGUGCAUUUACGUCUAUAUCUACGUCAGUCUGCGUUUUCAAAACAAUGAACGUGUGUGGUUAAACCAAAAUGUCACAGAUAGCUUAUAUGUUUUGUCAAUAAUUUUGUAGUUACUAUCGGACAGUUUUAAGAACAUAUUUUCACAGCUGGCUGUGCCAGUUUUAUUGUUACUGUUAUUAUUAUAAUUAUUAUUUUGAGUUUGUAAAAAAGUUUUGAGUGAGUACUCUCACGAGAAACAAUUUAUUCACUGAAGUGGUGUGAGAUCUUAAAAUUGAAGACUACAGUUGAUAACUGAACUUUGAGUAGGACAUAUGUGACUUGACAACUAUAUUUUUGUUCAUAAUAUUUGUCUGUAUUAGCCAUUUUACAAUUAUUAAAAAGGCUCAUCACAUUCAAAGGCACCUGUUACACAAACCUGAAGAUCAUAGGGGGCUUGUGUGAAUUUUUUUCAUUGUGCUCACUUAUGUACUAUUUCUUUUGUUUUUUUUAAUCAAUUUUCCUUAUUUUCUGCAAUACCUUUACAAAAGUUUUAGAUCUGAGAAGUUUUUGUUAAAUCAAAUAAUUUCUUCAGUGAUAUUUUCUUUCUUUUUAUUACCCUUCUACUUGAAAGUGUAGCAAGAAUAACAACAAUAAUGAUAAUAAUAAUAAUAACUUUAUUGUACUUCAAAAAUGCAAAAAAUUAUACGGAUAUAAUGUAAUGCACUUUACAUAGAACUGAAAUUGAAGAAAUUUAGAAAUGGCUGAAACUGUUAAAAUUGAUAAAAUUAUUGUAGUUAAAUAAGAGUUGUGAGAAAAGCAUGAGUUGCUCUCAUUGAAUGUGCUACAACUGCAAUCUGACUAUUCGUGACAUCAUCUGUCUUUCCACAUUUCAUGAUUGGAAUUUCAUGACUGAAGUUCCUUAUUCUUCUCUUCCAAUCAGGGCCUGCCAAUAAUGGACAUGUUAUAAAUAAUGGUCCAAUGAUGAAUAACGGACCUGUUGUUCCCAAGGGGCUCAGAAGUGGAGGGUUCAAAAGCAACACAGCUGGUCUGCAUGACAACUUUGUUGGCAACAUGGCACAGUUGUCGAUUUCAACAAACAAGGUAAUGUAUUGCUGCUGUUAGUUGGAAAACAUCUGAAAAUGUCACCUCUUUCAGUCUUUUAAAUAAUCCAUCAAAUUUGGAUUACUUUUCACCAGUCAUGUGAUCUUAUUGGUCAUUUUCAUUUCAGCACUUUCAUGUUUUAAAAUAUCUGCUAUUUACACAUGCACAUAAAAUUCUGACUGUGCUUGUAUUUAUAUAUGAUAAUAAUUGUUUAAUUUUUUUGCAACUUUAAUUUCUGAUUUUGUAUGAUUUAUAUUUUAUAAAUACAAGCAUGAAAUCAGACAUGUAUAUGGUAGUAAAGGGGUAAGUUUCUAAAGAAACUGUGGUGCUGCGUUGGUGGGAGAGUAUAGCAGCGUCAGCCCUUCGUCAGAGUGAUGGACGACGAAGGGCUAACGACAAAACAUCAGCUUUUUUACCCUUUAUGGUGGCUAAUUUACAUUUUCAACUCAGUUUUUAACACUAAAUUACCAUGUAUAUAGUAGUGGCUAGCUGAACUUCUUUUGAGGUGUGAUAACUUGUUCAAAAAUGAUCAUGUAACUGAGUGAUGGACGACGAAGGGCUAAUGAUGAAAUGCCAGCUUUUUUACCCUUUACAGUGACUAAUUUAUGUUUUCAACUCAGUUGUUAACACUAAAUUACCAUGUAUAUAGUACUGGCUAGCUGAGCUUCUUUUGAGGUGUGAUAACUUGUUCAAACAUGGUCAUGUAACUAAACUUGUUUUUUACAUUAUUCAGAUGCCUGCAGGUUCCCUUGGUGGGCACCUCUCUCCUCUUUCCCCAUCAAAGAAGGCAUUUACCUCAUCCCUGGCACCUGGAGGUCCUGUGUCACCACUGCAUUCUCCUAGCAAGCCACCACUUGGAUCACCAAAGGCACAUCACAAUCCAAUCACGUCACAAGCAUUUGAAUUUUUACCAUCUGCUGCAGUGAGUGUUUUAUUUUGAAUGCAUUUGUUUCUUAUGUUUUGCUACGUUUUGGCAAUUUUAUAUGUAAUUUGAGGAUAGUUUCAGUGCAAACCCUAUCAGCAAUAACAUUUUACCUACAGUUCCUGCAUGUUCCUAGAAUGGCCACAAGAACAAUUUCCAAGGGCAAUAGUCUUGUAGCCCACACAUCUAAAGAGGUUUGGAGUUGAUCUUUGCUCUUACAACAACAAUAAUAAAGUUCUUUAAACCUCUAUGUUUUCUUUAGAACCAAAAUCUCCCCCAGCCACAAAUACACAACCAGGCACAUGUUCCAGCUCCACAACAAAUGGAAUCAAUUGGUGGAACAACCUACUUUUACACUCAACAAGGACAACAGCAGCCUGCUGUGGUAAGAAUUAUACUUUUACUGAAAAAAAACCUCUUGUUAAAUUGAUGGAAAAAAUAUUGUUUAAUAUUUGGUUGUCCUUGUCAGGAAAACAUGUUUUAAAUGUAGAUUGUAAUGUCUUUUGUGAUUACUAACAUGAAUGCUCUUUAUCACUAAUAUGAGAUAGUAAACUUGUACUUGUAUGCUUAAAGAAAAAGUGGCAGAUAGUUUUUUCCUUCUGAAAUACAUGUAUUUUGUCUAUUUUAGCUUUUCCCAUCGUACCAGGCAUAUGUGUCAGAGCCUUCUCACCUUGCACAUCUUCAUAGCACUCAAACACGGAACAAUUCUUUCUCCAUGUCAACUCAAAUUCGACAGGUUAGUAACCAUUAGUGAGUAUGUGGUAGCCUUUGGUUUGAGUGGUUCAAGCUCUGUGUUGUGCUGGUUUUCACAUGCAGAGGGAUACUGUCAAAUGAAAAUGAAACCAGGAAACCCUAAGCAGAAUACUGAUUCUGCAUAUAACUCUGCUGCUUUUGACCUAGAGAAAACUUUUAGAUUGUUGCACUUUGAGCACAAGGAGGUUCUGAAAACCAGCAUUAUCUUGGGCCUCAGACAUUAUAGAGAAAAAGGAAAUGUUCUUUUUUUUUUUGUGACUCAAAUUUCAUCUAAGUUAUGACUUUGAGUUUUAAACUUUCAGCUUUUCUUCAGGCUGUAAGCAUUCUUAGGAUUCAAAGCUAACUCUGAAUGCAUUUUUAGUGAACAUCAGGCUUAAGAAAAUCAUUUUUUCAAAUCAAGUGGUUUUGUCUGAAAAUCUGAAUGUUUCCCUUCUCAUUUUUCAGGAACUCAUUCACCAACAUACACUAAGUAUGGCACAGCUUGACCCAGAUGAUAACAGUAAGAAGCAGCCUUGUAAUGUUAUGUUAGUGGUAGAAAUAUUAAAAAAAGAGCAGGUUUGGAGGGACUGGCAUGCAGAAAUGAUAUCAUUAAUUUCAAUAUGGAUGUGUGGAUAUGGUACAAUUCUAGGUUUUGAUUAGAGCAGCUACCAUGAACUUGAGCAACUAUACUAUGCCAGGCCAGAACUUAGCUCUUCAUCAUAAGUAUUUUCUGGUUGUUGUUAGUAUGAUAUUUCUCUGCCUCCCACAUAUUGUCUGUGAGGCUACUCAUCAUGUUGGGUAUCCUCCAUCUCAUGUCCAUGGCCCAUGGAAUGUUUGUCAAAUAUAUAACUUACUUUCUGAAAAGAAUUAUUUCUUUUGCUGAUGAAUGUACUUGUACCAUAUCAUUGUUAGCUGUGCCACAGGAGGUUGACAGUUACCACACCCUGUGUCCAAUAGAACCCUUGGAUACCCCAACUGAGCAGGUAAAUUCAGUAAACUUGACUUUAAAAAAAAAGAAAACUUAUAAAUUAACUGAGGUUACCAAAAUUAGUUACAAAGAAGGCAGAUAAAAUGGAAAACAUCAUGGCAUUAAGAAGAGUUAAAUUGACAUGUUGUGAUUAAUUUGUUGAUUCCCAAAAUGGUUUUUUCAGUGGGUGUGCUGGGCCAACUUUUACUUUGUUUAAAUUAUUUUCAGUGGGAUAUGGGUGGGGUGGGGUGGGGUGGGGGUUUAACGAGGAACAAGAUCUGCAGCAGGCUCUGGUGCUUGGCAGAUGUUUAGUGAUGUAAAAAAAAAAAAGGUGUUCAUGGAUGUUAGAAGAUGAAUAAGAUUUCAUUUUUCCACUUUUAUUGUGUUUGCAAGUCUUAUAACAAUGUGUUUAGCUGACAGUUAUAUUUUAGCUAAUGUACUAUGUGUUUUAAUUUUUUUCCCUGAAGGCGCAAAGGACGUUUGGUUAUAUGACUACCUGCUACAAAGCCGCAAAUUCUAAAGAUGGACUUAUUUACAUACUUAGAAGAAUACAUUGUAAGUGGACUGAUUAUUGAAACGUUUGAUAAUGAACCGAGGCAGUAAGACAGACAGUCAGUCAAUCAGUUAGUCAGUUUGACAGUCAUUAGUUAGUUGGUCAGCUAGUCAGUCUGUGGGUCAGGAAGUCUGGUAACCAGUCAGUCCUUUAGCCAGUCGGACAGUCACUUGGAGACUCCGUUAUACAGUAUGUCAGUCAAAUGAAUGAGGGGGUUAAAGUUUCUAAACAAACUGUAGCGCUGGGUUGGUGGGGGAGUAGAACAAGAUGAUUUGAUUUAUUUGACGAAAUAUCUCGCUCUGACGAAGGGCUAACGCUCAAAACGUCAGCUUUGAAACUCUUUACGGCGGCUAAUUUACAUUAUCAACUCAGUUGAUGAAACCAAAUUUUUUUAGUAUGUCAGUCAGUCAACUAGUCAGUGAGUCAGUUAUUCAGCCUUUGAGACUUACUUUUUCUGUAAGUCAGUGAGUCAACUAGACAGACAAUUAGUCGGUUAGUCUGUCGGUCAGUCAGCCAGACAGACAGUACAUCAGUGAUAGGGUCAUUCAGUUUCCUUGUUUCCUCAUGUUUGUUCUUACAUAGAGUGUUUCUUGUGGUUUAGCUUUUCGACUUGUAAAUACCAAGUCCAUGGCUCUUGUGGAUCAGUGGAAGAAAGUCAGCCACUCAAAUCUCGUCAGUCUCAGAGAAGUGUUUACAACAAAGUCUUUUGGAGAUAAUUGUAAGUGUAGAGGAGAAAAUAACGUAUUUUAUCAAUCUUAGGGAACGAUGUCAUUGAACAAUUUAAUUCUCCUGUGAAGUCCCUGAAACAGACUUGUUGUCUUCAGUGGUGAAACUGACCUUUUCUACUUGAAGUGACUUGGAAAGUCUCUAUUUAUCAUUCCUAGUUUGAAAACAGGUUAAGUGUUUUCCACCUGUAAAUGACCAUAGCUGACUCUAUUCUGGCAAUCUAAAAGUACGUACUCGCUUUUAAUCGAACAUUCAACAGGCAUGAAUCUAUACUGAAAUAAUAUUUAAGAUAUGUAAUAGGAACUGAUUGAGAAGUUAUACCUUUGCGCUUGUGAAAUGAAUCAAUGCUUUCCGGCUUCGAGGACUCGUAUUAACCACCUUCAUUCGUCACACAGCUCUCGUCUUCGUGUACGACUAUCAUCCUGGAGCCGAAACACUCCUUAUGAGGCAUUUUUCGGGUCCAGACUCCAAUCUCCCCGUGAACCCCGAUGGUACAUUAGUAUUUCCCUCACAUCCUCGUGCCGGCGGAAUGUUAAACAGACACCGGCCAGGUCACCGCAGUCCCAUGCCUGAACGGUUGAUUUGGAGUUACAUUAUUCAGUUGUCGUCUGCACUGAGAUCUGUUCAUGCAUCUGGACUGGCUUGUAGAGUCAUUGAUCCCUCCAAGAUUUUAUUAAUCGGAAAUUCAAGGUGAGUGUACAACUGUUUGUUUUGCGUUGCGUUCUGUUCUUUUCGACUUUCUCUUUUUGAACUUAAUUAAAAUGUUAACGUUCAUUUUGUUUUCUUUGCAGAUUAAGAAUAAAUGGUUGUGGGAUAUUCGAUGUUCUCAGUUUUGAUGCAAGUAACAGCCCGAAUGCUAUGAUUCCACAUUUCCAGGUACGUCAGUAAUGUGGUUGAAUCUAAUGCUUGUGCUAGAGGUUUUGCAAGAGUUCCUGAUUCUCCCGUAGUGCAAGGAAGUACCGUGACAAGUGUAAAUCCGUGGUAAACUUGUUAUUUUGGAGUAAUUCAUGUUGCGUCACAAAUCUUAAAUUGAAAUCAAAGUUUGCUCGCAAGUUCUCCUUUUCCUAACUCCUGUGAUAUGUUCAAGCCAACAUGAGUUAACCUUAUUUUUCUUAUAACCUUAAAGAAGCAAAUGAAAAACCCUGUUCAGCAUUUCCCGAGAUCUUUAUGCGCUUGGUAACAAUUACUUGCUCGGUUGACAACAGAUUGUGUGUCUGUGUCACGCCAUCGCAUCGCGUCCGUUUGUUCCUGUUUCAUUGUGUCUUAUGGCAUAGCAGCAUCAAAAUUUCUCACCUUUGGACAUUAAUUUUGUAGCUUACUCGUUUUCCUUUAUACUUCAUUUUCUCUCGCAGCAAGAGGAUCUUACUUCCCUUGGUAAACUAGUCCUUGCCUUGGCGUGUUACUCUCUUCAAGCUGUGCAACGUGAACAUAUUCAACAGUCGUUGGAGUACAUGGCCAUGAACUACUCCUCAGAUCUUAAAAACCUUAUUAUGUAAGUGUUCAGUCGUCGUUCCUUUUAAAGCAACACUUGUGGAAGGGAAAUGUAAUGUACACAAGAUCAUUUUAUACGUAUUUGUUCUGGUACAUUACCGCGAGAGACAUGGAGCUUAAUGGUUAGUGCGCUUGAUUUCGAAUCGAGAGGUUUGGGUACGACCGGUGACUAUGUUAUUGUGCUAUGUUCACGGGUUAGACAUUUCACUCUACGUGUUCCGAUCCUCCCAUGAGUGUAAACUGUUUAGAAAAUUGACAAAAUGGAGUGGGGCUGCUUUCGGUGGGCUUGCACACUAUGGAGGAGUAGCAGUGUUCCUGGUUACUUCUUUCUUUAGAAACUGGGAUAUACUGUUAAGAUGUAGGCUAAUUUUUAUUUAUCUUAAGCUCUCAGAAGAAACUACAGAAGUAGACCUUUAUGUUGUUUUGUUACUCGGCUUUGGAAAGUCUUUGUUCAAUCUAAACUUUUCCCUCUCCGACAGCUAUCUUCUGGGCAGUCCUAUCGCAGCUCACAUGAAGAGCGUGAAUGACAUUAUGCCGAUGAUCGGAGCCAGAUUUUACACACAAUUAGACGCUGCGCAAGUCAAGUGCGAUGUUUUAGAGGGCGAGCUGGCUAAGGUAAUAUUAUAAAAAUUCAUUACCAGCAUAUAAAUGUUCGGGAAUCUUCGUUUGAACAUUUGGAAAAAAUUUUUGCAGAAUUUUUCAAGACACACAACCAUGAGUUCAAAAUCGUUAUAGACGAACUUAAAUCAAUCUAAACCUUACAUUUAACAUUUUUAUUAGUCUUUAGGUAUUUGUAUGUUCAACGCAUAUGGCCAAAGCUAAACGACAUAAUUUUUUUCUUUUUAUCAGGAAAUGGAGAACGGGCGCCUUUUCAGAAUCCUCUGCAAGAUUGGAAUUAUUAAUGAACGACCAGAGUAUGUUUUGUGCCUUCGUAUUGAUUGUUUCUGCUUGCACUGUAAACACCUUCAGACUGAUUGAUUUCUCAUACGUCAUUUUCGUCAUAUGACAUCUAUGUUUCUUCAGGAUCGAUGUGUAUUCGCAAAAUCCACGAAAAUUAAAAAAAAAAACCCGGAAAUGUAAUGUUAGGCAAUGGAUCCCGUUUGAUUUCCCUCUGACUCGUGCCCAUUACUUUACAGAUUCACUAUGGAUCCAAGUUGGUCGGAGACUGGUGACCGAUAUCUUUUGAAGCUGUUUAGAGACUACUUGUUCCACCAAGUCACUGAAAAUGGUGCACCAUGGGUAGACUUGGCUCAUAUAGUUGCCUGUCUAAACAAGGUUAGUUCUUUUGGAAACGAUGAUGGUGUUUUUGGUAACUUAAAAAGUUUUAUCACCGCGCUCCAAUUAAUUUGAUAGUUUUUACUUUCAGGGAUUAGGAAGGUUUAACAGGCAAAUGAGCCUAUGGCCCCUAUCAUUGGAAAGUUAUGGGCCAUUUAUAAAACGUUUGGGCCAUUAGGGUAAAUAAAUGGGUCAGUAAAAAUUUUAACAAAGGUUUAUUGCUUGUGUAUUACAGUCUAUACCUAUAUCUGUUUCGUCCGUUUCACGGUCGUUUUCGCUCACAGUAUCACGAUUCUGUUCCGCUGUUGUGUUGAAAAAUGUAGACAACGUUCUCUGCGAGCUGUCCAAUCUCAAGAUUUUUUUCGGAGGUAUGAGGCUAAUCGAUGCAAAUACAUUCAAAGCGACGAAAACGCUCGAACUCUGCUCGAAAACGAAAGCACAUGGAACUCCGAGCAAUAGCCUCGUUUGCAUGCAAAGUCCGAGUUCAGAACCUGGGAACAAGAAUAAAGCGAGCGUGUUUAAACGAGCGAAGGCACCGUAGUUUUUCGCUUGUUUAUGUCUCACCAAAGUGAAACUUUUACAAAUUACAAUCCUUUUCACAAAAUAGUUUGUAUUUCACUAGCUUUGUGCGGUCAGGGCGCAUAACAGGCCCGGUAAGUAUUUUUAUAAUAGGCCAUUUCGUAGCUUUAUGCGCCAUACGCGCAUGGCGCACGGCCUUCCUAAUCCCUGACUUUGCGUUCUCAUUGGCUGAUGGGCUUUUGUUAUUACUUCGGUUUGGAUUUUGUAAUUCUUACAGUGUUUGUCUUUCUAUCUUUUGAAAAUUAAGUUAGACUGAUUUUUCAGUUUUAGCUGAUAUUAUCGAAUCUAAUCCCUCUUGUCAUUACAUUCUAAUACUUAAUUUCAUUGUUUCAUUUUCCAGCUAGAAGCAGGGACAAACGAGAAAGUUUGCCUUAUGUCACGAGACGAACAGUCUGUGUUGGUGGUUUCAUAUCGUGAUCUGAAGCAGUGCUUCGAAGGCGCUUUCGGUGAAAUAAUCUCCGCUUCUCUGUCGUAA